AUGGCCGAUCGUUACGCCCAAGUUCAUGAACGCCCCAACGGCCCAGGGGACAGUCGCCCGACUGGGACCCAGAUCAUCCAAGAUGAGGAUUUGGUUGGGAAGCUAUCCGGGAAAGUCGCCUUCAUCACUGGCUGCUCCUCUGGGAUUGGUAUCGAAACCGCAAAAGCCCUCCACCUGGCAGGGAUGACUUUGUAUCUGACCGCUCGGAACCUUGCCAAGGUGAGGACUGCUCUGGGGGACCUGAUCGACAGUGACCGGGUUCAUCUCCUUGAGCUCGAUCUCGAGUCCCUUGGAAGCGUGCGAUCUUGCGCGGCCGAGUUCCUUUCCAAGAGCCAGACCCUCAACAUUUUGAUCUGCAAUGCCGGCGUGAUGACCCCGCCCGAGGGUCGAACCAAGGACGGAUUUGAGAUCCAGUUUGGAACCAACCACCUCGCCCAUUUCCUUUUGUUCAACCUCCUUCGGCCUGCUCUACUGGCUGGGACCACCCCUUCAUUCGCCUCCCGAGUUGUGAUCCUUUCCUCAGUCGCUCAUCGGUUUGCUGAGGUCAACUUCGAGGACGUCAACUUCGAUCGCGGAUAUGACGCAAUGGCUGCAUACGGAGCCAGCAAAACUGCCAAUCUUUGGACCGCCAACGAGAUCGAGCGACGAUACGGUCCGCAAGGUGUCCACGCAUGGAGCGUUCAGCCAGGUGCUGUCCUCACUAAUCUGAUGCAGCAUAUGUCUGAUGCGGAGAAGGGGGCGCUUGAUGGAGACCCGUAUAUUGCCUCCAUCUUCAAGAACCCCGACCAAGGGGCUGCCACCACCGUGUGGGGGGCUACCGCGAAAGCUUUGGAAGGAAAGGGCGGUAGUUAUCUCGAAAACUGCCAAAUUGCGAAGGAAUGGGAUGCUUCGUCAGGUCUAUAUGCGCCCGGUUAUGGUUCUAAUGCCUACGAUGUGGAAAAGGCUGGCAAGCUAUGGGCGGAGUCAUUGAAAUGGACAGGGCUGUAA